CUUCUUGACUUACUGUUGGGCUUUACUAUUAUUAGCGUGUAUGAUGUACCGUGUGCGGUGUGCUUGCCAUGCACACAUGUGAGGACAGUGCACAGCUCCGUGGAAUUGGUGCUCUCCCUCCGCCUUCAUGAGGGCUUACGGCUCUAACUCAGGUUGCUGGGCUGCGGUGGUGAGCCCUUUCACCUGCUGAGCCAAGGCACCAGUUUCUAGUGCUUCUUAAUAAAUACAAAGUGAGACUUGUGUAUCUAAUUUAUUUUUUCUUUUUUUCCCUUUGAUUUAUGUUUUAUUGCAUUGUGAUGAGAAAAGAUACAUAAUUUUAAUUUAUCUGUAUUUGUUAACAUUUAAAAACAUUUUGAAUAAAUAGACUUACAUCACAUUUUUCUUUCCCUUUUGUACCCCAACUCCUCCUGGAGAGCCCCCCCCAUUCAAAACCUACAGUACCUUUCUUUUUUAUCAUAUUCUUUAAAAUUUAUAAAAUAUUGUAACAAUAAAAAUGAGUAUUAUAAAAGUUGUUUUAUAUAAAACAACAAUCAAUUGAACAGUCUUAUGAAGAUGUUUGUCUAGAGCAAUACUGAAAAUAUAUACGUUUUUCUCAAUAUAAAUUUUAAAUAACUCUAAAAUAUUAACUUAUGAUAUUUUAAAAUAAUAUAUCACUAUUAGUUUUUUAAAUGAACAUAAAUAGGUAAAGUCUUUUUGUUUGUUUGUUUUUGUUUUUAGUAGAGUUUAAAAUCUUGGCUCUUACUGAGGUACAAACACAAAAUAAGAACAGUUCUUGGACAUUGGAGUUUAUUGUAAUAAGACUGUACUUGAAUGUCCCUCACAUCACCAAAGGAUUUUACCUCCAUAGUAGAUAAGCUAAGAGUUGACAGUUCUGCUGUGCCAAGGAAUGAAUUGUAGGCACGGUUUUUGGAUACAGAUUUCCUGCUAUGGUCAAAGCUAUUUGACUUGAGUGAUUGUCAUCAUGCUCAGCCCGCAGGGAACAGGUUACAUUUAUUUAAGAAAUGGUGUGUGUAUUAAGAUGGUCUAUCCAUGAAGUCAUUCAUCAACUGUUUCAAUGAAAAAUGGUUCUGUGUGGAGGGUGGCACAGACAUUAGGUAAAGGUAAGAUUCUGGUUCAGUGGCUGUGAUGAUUUUGAAAAGCAUUCAUCUCAGAAUAAGAGUAACUUAUAAAGUCAUCUUCUUCAAAACUGAUAAAAUAAUUAUAAUUAUCAAGCAAAGCCUUUAGUCUCACUCUUUGCUGUUCUCUUACAAGCCACCUCCCAAAUUAGUUGUCUACAUUUCUUUUGGCUGUAUAAAUAAUUUUGAAACAUGUAAGCUGUUCUGAAAACCAUACAAUAGUAUAAAAACAUCAAAUAAACAAUCCUACUAAUAGAGAGGCUGAGAUAGGAGAAGCAUGAUUUCAAGGCCAUUAUAUGGCACACAGCAUAGACCCUGUCAUGUACAAACAAGCAGAAAGUGUAUAUGGAUUGUACCAUAUUGGACCUAUUUCUCCCAUUACCAAAUUAGAGAGACCACAGGGUGACAGCUGUCAAAUUCCUAAUUCCUCAUAUUUUUGAAUUUCAGUCGAUUAGGAUAUGCUGGUAUUGUUAAUUUUCAUAUUAUGAGAUCUGCCCAGAAUCUUCUAGCUUUCAUAGUCUCUGGUGAGAAGUCUGGUGUAAUUCUGAUAGGUCUGCUUUUAUAUGUUACUUGACCUUUUUCCCUUACUGCUUUUAAAAUUCUUUGUUUAGUGCAUUUGGUGUUUUGAUUAUUAUGUGACAGGAGAAAUUUCUUUUCUGGUCAAGUCUAUUUGGAGUUCUGUAGGCUUCUUGUAUGUUCAUGGGCAUCUCUUUCUUUAGGUUAGGGAAGUUUUCUUCUAUAAUUUUGUUGAAGAUAUUUACUGGCCCUUUAAGUUGGGAAUCUUCGCUCUCUUCUAUACCUAUUAUCCUUAGGUUUGGCCUUCUCAUUGUGUCCUGGAUUUCCUGGAUGUUUUGGGUUAGGAGCUUUUUGCUUUUUGAAUUUUCUUUGACUGUUGUGUCAAUGUUUUUUUAUGGUAUCUUCUGUACCUGAGAUUCUCUCUUCUGUCUCUUGUAUUCUGUUGGUAAUGCUCGCAUCUGUGACUCUUGAUCUCUUUUCUAGGUUUUCUAACUCCAGGGUUGUCUCCCUUUGUGAUUUCUUUAUUGUUUCUAGUUCCAUUUUUAGAUCCUGGAUGGUUUUGUUCCUUUCCUUUGCCUGUUUGAUUGUGUUUUUCUAUAAUCCUUUAAGGGAUUUUUGUGUUUCCUUUUUAAGGGCUUUUAGCUGUUUACCUGUGUUCUCCUGUAUUUCUUUAAGGGAGUUAUUUAUGCCCUUCUUAAUGUCCUCUAUCUUAUAAGAAGUGAUUUUUAGAUCUGAAUCUUGCUUUUCCAAUGUGCUGGGGUAUCCAGGACUUGCUAUGGUGGGAGAAUUGGGUUCUGAUGAUGCCAAGAAACCUUGGUUUCUGUUGCUUAUGUUCUUAUGCUUGCCUCCUGCCAUCUGGUUAUCUCUAGUGCUACCUGCCCUGGCUAUGUCUGACUAGAGCCUGUUCUUCCUGUGAUCCUGGUUGUGUCAGAACUCCUCUGAGUCAAGCUGUCUCUGUGAUCCUGUGAUUCUGGGAUCCUAGGAUCAUGAGAUCCUGGGUGUGCCUUUGGAACCUUGAGAUCCUGGUAUGACCAAGCUCCUGGGAUCCUGGAAUCCUCUGAUCCUGGGCAUGUUAGAGCACCUUGGAGUGGAGCUGCUGCCUCUGGGUGUUGUGGGGCUGACUGCUGAGUUUGCCUAAUUUUUCUUUUUAAGUAAAAUUUGCAUCUUAAUGUUAUCAAUAUGUAUUGAAAAAGUGAAAAGCAAGCAGGUACUGAAGAGUACAAUGAAAUGCCAAGCCAGAAAGAACUGCAUAUAGAAUAGUCUUUUGUCACUGCCUUUUAAUGUGUGUUCUUUCUAAUGUGCCAAGGGAAAUUAAUAAAUCUUGUUAGGUUACACAUAACAUGAUUUCACCCUUAAAAGCAUGAUCAUACAUGUUUAAUAAGUUUUCAUUUUCAGAAUAUACUUCUGCCAACUUAACCUUUUGCUUGGAGUUGAGGUGAGCCUUGCAAGUUUUAGAGUAAGUUCCCUGAAACCUCAGCACAGCAAGCCCUAGAUAAGUGAAAUACCAUGCUUUAAGUUAGAGCACUUCUCAGAAUCUGUAGCACGCUGCUUCUUUCUCCUUAGGUUCUCAGUACAUUUUAGAUUGGCCUCAAAAUCUCUGUAUAGACCAGGAUGACGAACUCAAAAUCUCUGUAUAAAGCAGGAUGAUAAACUCAGAAAUCCACCUACUGUUGCCUCCUAGGUGCUGAGGUUAAAGGCAUUCACCACUCUUUGCAGUUUUCAAGAACAUCUUGUAGAGACUUAAAGUCUCUUUAGGAAACUUAUUGUAUUUAUUAUUUUUUGAUCUUACAAAAUGACAGGAAGAAAAUUAACUAUCUACUACUGGUUUUAGUCACAGUGUGUAUGGGAUGCUAGUAUAAUAUGCAUAGGACCCUAGGUGUUACCCCCAGUACUGAGAAAAAGGUUUUCACGUGUAUGUGGAGGCCAGGGGUCAAGCUUGUGUAUUCCUUAGCAGCCAUUCUAGAUUUUUAGAUAGUCUCCAUUUGGAUCUGGGAUUCACUGGUUAGAAUAGGUUGGGCGAGUAGUGAAUCUUAGGGAUUUGCCUGCCUCUUCUUCCCCAGUACUGGGAUUAAAAGCACACAUAGCAGGAGCACCCCUGGCCAAUAAUUUUAGUUUUAUGUGUCUUCUUUUUAAAAAUAUAUUAUAGAAUAGAAAUAUUUCAGCUUUUACUUCUCUCUUUCUUCCCUUAAGCCUCUCCUGGCUUUCCUCCCUCCAGCCCUUCCUGUGCCCCUAUCAACUCUCAAGUUGAUAGCCCCAUUAUAUUAUUAUUAUUAUGUAUGUGUUUACACACAAACACACACACACACACACACACACUAUAUAUAUAUAUAUAUAUAUAUAUAUAUAUAUACACAUACAUACAUAUACAUAUAUACACAUAUAUAUGUGCAUAUAUAUACACACACAUAUAUAUAUACAUACACAUAUAUAUACACACACAUAUAUACAUAUAUAUGACACAGAUACAAACUUCUAUGUGCAUUUUUUAUCGUUUUGGUUGGUUUCAGGGCUGAUCACUCUGCAUUGGACAGCCAAUAAAGGAGCCUAGCUCAAGGCAAGGUUAGCUCUGCUCCAUUAUUGGUUGCCUGUAGUUGUUUUUCUAGAGAUAAGACCCUGUGAAAGCUUCCUCCUUCCAUGUGAUGGUGCUCUCUGUUGUUGCCAUCUUUCUGGUCAUGUUUCCACCCCUCUCCCACUGUGUUCCCUAAGUCAUAGAAUCAGAGCUGUGAUAUAGAUGUACCCAUUGGCCUGGGCUCCUGAAAAUCUGUGGAUCUUUGCAGUGUCCAGUUGUGAUCUCUGGGAUGGUACCCACAUGCUGCUCAAAGAGACUUCGUUGAUGAGGGGUGGUAGCCAUAAUUACCUGUGGGUGUGAGGGUGACAUUUACAAUUUUAGAAUGUAGUAAGGAAUUCUCCCCUAGCAAACUGGUGGUAGUAGCUUAUUUUCCAGGGACCAUGAAGCUAGUUAGGUUUCCAAAACAAGAAGACAGAAUUUCCUCCUGUUGAGUGGGCCUUAAGUCCAUUAGUCUCUGUCUGUCUGUCAGUGUGUGUGUGUACGCGCGCGCGUGUGCACCAUACAACCCAUGUUGUGCAUACCCUUAUGUAAACAUAAUUCCUUGAGGCUUUGCCAAAUAACCUUGAAGUUAUUUGUCCCUAGGUCCUUUUCCGUUUGUAUUGAGGGAGGGAGGUCAAUAGUCCUGGCUUUUUAUGUGGGUCCUGUUGAAAUCCCAACUUGGGUCAUGACAAGCACAUUACUUACUGAGCCAUUUCCCUAUAUCUUACAGAAUGUAGAUAAUUUUCUUCUCAUAUAUAUUUAACGCCUCUUUAAAAUAUAAGAUUCUACAUAUAUCUGUGUGAAUCUCAAUGUAACAGAAUCUGUUUGGUUAGGAUAGAUUCUUAAAUUUUAUCUACAGAUACCACUUGACAUUGAAAAAUGCCUUUUAAACCAAAACUCCAUAAACAUUUCAUAUUGCUCCAUUAUAAUUGUUUGGUGGGAGUUGCAUCUCUCAUUACCAUUAGACAUACUAUUUUUCAUCAUAAAUAUCCCAUGUGAAUAUUUACAGUCAGGUGCUCUACCAUGGAUGUGUGCACUGAAAGUUUGUCUGAAUGUUUGUACUUUUAUCCUCACAAUAGAGUUUCAGGAUAAGAGUUGUUGGACAUGUGCCUCACAAUGCAGCUUCCUAAAUAUGCUUUAAAAACAUUAAUGCAAACCCUCUAGUAGGGAUAAAGUAUAUUAUCACAGGAUUAGUGGGGAUGUCGUGCCAUGUACUGGGUAAUGUAUCUCUUAUGAGGACCACACUGUCCUCAUCGUGACACUUAGAUGGGUUCUCACUGUUCUACAGCCCCAAUUCUCAUUGCGUAAAAUACAGUUUAAGAAUGGCCAGUGCUGGUGUCUUACCACCUGGUUUUUCUUGGGGGAAAAUAGAAGUAAGGAGAAUUCAAUGUAGCCAGAGACUGGCAGGUGUUAAGGAGGAUGCUAGGGAUAGUGCACAAAAUAUAUGGUUUUAAAAAAGACUUGGGUUUUAAGCAUUUAUUUAUCAAGUGUAUGUAUAAGUGUGAGAUGACACACAGGUGAAGGGCAGAGGACAACUUGCGGGUUUGUUCUCCUCCCACUGUGUGGAUUUCAGCAGUCAGUCUCAGGCCAUGAGGUUCGGUUGUGUGGGCUUCUAUACUGCUGAGCCAUCUAGCUGCUCCCUUUCAGAAUUUUUAACAUGGUAUUUAUUCUGUGAAGAGGGAGUACACGUGCUACUUACUGCAGAUGUAUGCAGAGCAGAGGACAUGUUGCAAGAGUUGAUUCUUUUUUUCCAGCAUAUUGAUUCCUGAUCUAAAAACCUCGUGGUUAUAUAUCUUAGCAAAGUAGAGGUCAGGUAAAAUUCUAUAGAUGCUUCUGAGCGUCAGGAGUUUUACAUAUUUCCACACAGAGAAAGUAUGAGGAGGUAUGACAUUAGAGGUGUGUAACUUCUGAAGAAGUUUGUUCUGUGUAAGUUUCAAGUUACAGAAAUACUGUACAAAUACAAAUUCAUUUGUUCACAAAAUAAUGUUUAUAUUAUUUUCAUGUUGAAAAAUUAAAUAUAUAUUUAUGCUAUGCAACAUGAUUUUACUAUGAGUAUAUUGUGAAAUGGCUUAAUUAGGCUAGCAAAAACGCUUCCUCUUAGUUCUUAUAUUGAGGAAGCUUAGUCUUCCUAGCCAUAUUCAAAUAUCUGAUAUAUUGUCAGAACUAUUCACCAUGGUGACUUGUGCUUCUUAGUCCAUUUGACCUUAGCCAAAAGACAGAGAAGUUAGAGAUCUUUCCCUGUGAACUUGAGUUUUGCUCUAAUUGAACCAAUAUACCCCAGCCCUCCACUCCUGUGUUAUAUUCUAAGAUGGGAAUUUUCAGCCCUGCUGUAGAGCUUAUUUCAUCUGUGUUUUAGAUACUAAUGUCUUAUCAGAUAUAUGAUUUUCAGAUAUUUUUCUACCACCUGGUAAGUUGUCUCUUCAGUCUUACUUUGAAGAUAUUUUAAGUUUAUAAUCCCAUUUGUUAAGUUUCUCUCAUCUAUGGUUUGUACUCAUGUCCUAAACAGUUACUGCCAAGGCCAGCAACAAGCCACAUCUCUCCAUUUUCUUCUUGUGUGUCUAUAAUAUGCCAUCUAAUGUUUGAGUUUUUAAUGUACUUUGAGUUGACUUUUGAACAUGGUGUGUGGUUAGAGACCUGCUUUCCACUUCUACCUGAGACAUGCACUCAGUUUCACCACUUAGGAGGAAGAUUCUUUCUCAGCUGUGUGCUGUUUGCAUCUUUGUUGUAAAUACAUUGCUGUAUUUGAUACCUCUGUGUUCAUACUUUUAAAGUAAAGUAUUUUGUGGAAGAUGGGGACAGGCUGUCCAUCCAUUGGAGUCCAGACCAGACCUGGUUUUCUUUCAGGAGGCCUUAUUCAGAGGAGGCUUAAUCUCUAUUAAUAAUUUAGAGAAGCAAGUGGUAUUAAUGGUUGUGGGGGAAAUCUGACUCUAGCUUGUCUCUGCUGAUCAAGAGCCAGGACUUCCUUUCUAGAGUCUUCUAUGAGAUAAAUCUCAACAGCACUCUGCAGCAGAGAAGAUUUGUCUCCAGCAGUUUAAGAUACUUAGUUGUCUGUCAGGCACAAAUAUGAGGGCUCAUAAGUAAGCAGCUCUACACUCAGCUCCUAAACUCAGAAUGACAGAGCAGUGCUUUGUUAAUACCUAAAAGCUGCUCGUGAAAGCUACUUGCUGAUUUGGGGUCACUUAAAAAUUGGCACUUUGGUCUGCUUUACAAAAUUUAUUAUUUAAAGGUAUAAAUUUUAAAUACAGCACAAUCUACUAUGUGAUUAAUUAUGUAAUUAAGCAGGGAAAACAUUACAAAUUGGCUAAGGAGUGAUAAUCUUGCAACUUUGCAUUCUUGGGGUUCACUAUUGAGAGCGCCCUAAUAGAGUAUUAGUUAGAAAUAGUGAGUUCAUGGCUUGAAGGAAUAAAUAAUUCAUAGAGCACAAAAGCAGCUCUUUCUCUUCGCCAGUUCCUUUCUCCUCAUUAUAUUCACUCUCUGUCUUUCAAAGGCCCCUUUACAGCCCAAGAGCAGCUCUGUGUGAACAUGGAAGGGCUCGGCACCAUUUCAACCUCAGCUUAGCUGAGCCUGAGGGUCACAUCAGACAAUGAAGAGUGUCUUCAAUGUGCAUUCUGUAGCAGCGACUGAGAAACCAGUCUGGAGGACGGCAAAGCCUCAUGGUAGAAGAUGCUCGGCACUGCUUUUAAAACAUCUUUCAGUGCCUAUUUUAAAAAUUAUUUUAAAGUUGAGUUAAUCACUGAAUUUUUCCUACUUUUUUUCAGAAACUUUUACUACAUUAAAUAAAAUACCUGGUACAACAUGAGAUUUUACAUUCUCUCCCAUUUUUAAAGUCUCUUCAUCUGUGAGAAACUAGAAGAUUUGUGAUUUUAUGUGGAGUUGUAGCUCUCCCUAUCUUUUAGUACACACAAAGUAAGAAUUCUGCUGUGUAGACGGUGACUCUCAGUGGCUUGCUGGCACAGGGUCCUUGCCUUGCGCAUGGGUGUUUGCUGAUUUCGACAUUGCUAGCGUGGUGUUUACCUUUCAUCAGUAAACUUCACCCUUCGAUUUGGUUGGAAGAGUGUGAUAACUAGAACAGCUGUAAAAAGUAAAAUUUAUGCGGAUUAGCCACAUUCCAUGGUAUGAUAAGACAUCAGGGUUUAUUAACAUACAUUUAAAGGCAAUGGAUUAUAAUCUAGACCCCUCACAAGGGAAAAUAUUUGUGAACAGGAGUUCUGCUGGUUCUCUAGGACCCAGUGCUUCAUCAAUGUGUUUGUCCUUAGGCUUUGAGUGGUAUAAAACGGCUCGUUUGGUAGAAUUCUGUGCUCCGUGCUCUGUCAUAUGUAUUUCUUCAUAUCACAUGAGCUACAGGUUGCAGAGACCAUAGAUUACAAAGCUAAUUGAAAUGCUGUUCUCAGAAGGGAGAUUGGUCUGUUGUCCGUUUGCCUGUUUCUCCAAUAACUGCUGCCCUUACUUUCUCAGGACUUAGUGACUUCUCCAAUAUUAACUUUAGAAGGAAUAGUAAUUUUGUGACACAGUGUGAUUUUUUUUUUGUUUUUGGUUUGUUUUUUGUUUUUUGUUUGUUUGUUUGUUUGUUUGUUUGUUUUGUUUUUCGAGACAGGGUUUCUCUGUGUAGCCCUGGCUGUCCUGGAACUCACUCUGUAGACCAGGCUGGCCUCCAACUCAGCAAUCCGCCUGCCUCUGCCUCCCAAGUGCUGGGAUUAAAGGCAUGCACUACCACGCCUGGCUUCACAGUGUGAUUUUAAAUACUGAAUCAUGUUUUGUUUUUCAACUUAAACUAAAUAGAGCCCUCAGCAGCACUUAGAAGUUAGACUCGGCUGUGGCUUUCCAGUUCUGUUUCAGUAGUCACUGAGGCCAAAUGUUCUGCAGUUUUACUCGACUUCAAAUUCUUGUGGUGACAUUUCUGAAAUACAUUUUUAAGGAGUGUUUCUUUCAGUUAUUAUUGCUGCAUAGAAAGCAACCUUGAAUUGUAUUGGCUCUAAGCAGUGUUAACUUACUAUUGUAACUUUGAGGGCUGGCUCCCUGAGUCUUCAGCUCUUUAUGUUCUAGCACUGGAUGCUGGGAAAGGCAGCCACAAGUGUAUUUCUUCCUAGCUGGCAGAGCUUGCGCUUGCACUUCCUCACAGCAUGGUAGGCCUUUCGGGGAGAUUUUCAGAGACAAAGGCAGACAGAAGCUGUACCCUGUUUGUUCAUUUGUUCAUUCAUUUUUGUCACUGAAUUUCUAAGAAUUUUACUAAAGGAUUUCAUCAUCCCACAUGCCAAGGAAGAUCCUAAAAUCACUGAGCUCCUGUAUGCUGUGCAGAUUAAAGCCACACUCCAAAGGUUUCCCUGCUCCAGUGACCUGCCCUGUGACUUGGUAUUCUAACUGUGUGUCCCAGAAGAUGGAUGACUUCACUGCUCCUUCGCAGAACAAAUCAUAGCACUGACAGAGCUCAGGACAUAAAGCAACCUGAAGGCCACUGGCUCAGCAUGGGCUCCCGUAGGUGCUGUCAGUCUUCUCACUUGUCAGGGGCCACCUGGCAGAAAGCCUGGUCUACAGUGUUCACCCUCUACCUGCUUCUCACUGAUCCUGGGGCUUGAGUUCAGAGCAGCAGAGGUCUUCACCAAGGUGGCCUGCAAGUCCACAUCUAAGAAGCUGUACUUUUCAAAGUCUUAGGUUCUGAAGUUUCCCAGAGUACAUUCUGCCCAUAUUGUUGGUUAAAACAGGUUCUGUGGCCGGCCUAAAUUAAGGGAAAUGUAUUCUUCACGACAAGAACUCUGAACAGAAGUGAAUGGACGGGGUUAAUGGCACUUGCAUGGUGCUCCAGGCUUCCUGUGGGGUCUCAGAAUGUAUCCCCUGAGACAUAGUUACAGAUAUUUUGGUAAGACAUAGUAAUUAUCUCAAGUCUUUAUUCGUUAUACUCAUCCUCUAUAUAUUCUUUAUUUUUCAAGAUAUUCUAGUAGUUUCAGUCUGAAAAAGUUAUAGCAAUUAUAGUAUUUAUAGGUCUUCAGGUACUGCUAAUUACCCACAAUACCACAUAGACUGCACAGAACCUUACACAGUCCCAUAACAAGCUGCUCCCUAGUAAAAGUAUUUUAAAUAAUUGCUUGGCUCUUCCUACUUGCCAUAGUUCUAUGUUAUACAUCAUUUUCUACUUUACAUUUUUGGAAAUAAUCUUGUGACUUUAUUAAGCAGCCUCACCCCCAUACACUUUGGUCAACUCCAGAUGUUUUCAUCGUCUGUUCUCCAGAUCACUAGCCAUUUGGAUAGUAAUUUUCUAUUGGUCAGUUUUUUUUUUCUCUCCAUUCCCAUGAUGGUGGAAAUGAACAAAAAGGCUUUGUGCAUGCUAAGCAGCAAGCACUUUAUCAGAGAACCAUCCCUCCACCCCAGUGGUCAUAUUUAGGAAAGACAACAAAACACUUCCUGUGAUUAAAAACUGUGGAGCUAAAGUUUUCUUUAUGAGUCAGCUACUGUGUGCCCGAGUGAGUCUCUGGGGCCACCUGUCUCACCAACCUAUGUAAUAUUGACUAUUUAAUAAAGAGGUCUCAUUCACCAGAUCAGAGUCAGGAAACUGGUCCUCCUUAAAGAAAAGUAAAUAAAAAUGCAUGUCCUGAUUUGCUCUGGGAAAUGAUAUUGAGGGCUAAGUUGGUUCUAAAAAAAUGUUUACAAAAGGCAAAACUAAAUAAAAUAUUACUAUUACAAAACAGAUAUUUAAAAGAAUGCAGAUAGCCAUAAGGAAGGAUUUUGGAACUGUAAAACUUGUUAGCUAUGAAUAUAUAUGAGAAAGAGGGAUGUGUGUGUGUGUGUGUGUGUGUGUGUGUGUGUGCACGUGCGCGCGUGCAGUAGAAGAGGGGAGGCUGGGGAUGUGGGACUUUCUUCUUUUUGACACUUGACACUUGGAAGAUAAAUUGGAACAGUUUUGCUUCAAACAGUAUUCCAUGAAGAGACACCUUUUCAUUAUGGUAAGAGUUUGCAUUUGGAUCAUUGGUUCUAGAAAUUGACUCCUAGCUAAACCAAGAGACUGUUUUUGAAGCAGUGAUAUUUCUUGUGAUCUGUUUUAUCAAGUCCAGCAACUCAGAUGUAGUGCAGGUAGACUGUGUGGGUUUUGACCCUUUAGGAAAAUACGGAGGCUGGAGCAGAGUUUGUGCUCACCUACAUGGAAAGGGUUCUAUCUGUAUCCUACUGUAUUGGGGUCAUGUGGCAUCAUUCAUCUUGAUCACUGACAACCUUCUGGGAAGGAAUCUGAAAUAAAGAUUUUAUGUGGGUUAAUUGCUAAUUGUAAUCAGAUGUCGUUAAAAUAGUCUAUGCUCAACAUUGAAUGAACUAAUAAGCAGUUAUACCUUUGGCAUACAAUGGGCCCCUUCGUUCUGCUUUAUAAAAGAUAAGAAAUUUAUAAAUAUUGAAAGAUAGAAAUACUAUUUUCAGGUAUAAAUAUGCUUUGUGUUGUGUUUUUAUUCUAAAUUCAAGAUGUUGCUUACUAUUAUCAGAAGUCUUCCCAUGCUAGUAGCGUCUGCCCAGCAGGACCCGUCACCUGAGACUGCAAAUGCAAAGCUGGCAACUCAGGCAAGAGCAAGCAAUCUGCAGGGAGCCUAGGAGCCAGCUAGGAGGAGGACAGAGAACCACAGGGGUGGAGCCAGUAUCUACCUAAGUGAAGGGCAGUCUUGGAGUGAUCCCACUGAAGCCAGGAAUGAGACAAGGCUGCCCACUGCUGCCCCCUUCCCCACUUCUCUUCAAUAUUGUGCUGGAAGCAGCAACUGGAGCAGUAAGGCCAGAGGGGGGGAAAUAAUGGAAUACAGACAGGAAAAGAAGAAUUUGUCUAUCUCUGUAGAUGAUGUAGCCUAUAUAAGACAUCCCGGAGUCUCUACCAGAAAACUUCUCAAAACGAUGGAAACGAUGCACUUUCAGCUAUCUAGCAGGAUACAGAAUCAACAGAACAAACCAAUCGCUUUUAUAUACAGCAACAGCAAGCAUAGAGAAGGAGAUCAUAGAUAUACUCCAAUUCCUAACAGCCUCAGAGAAAAGAAAGGAACUGGGACUAGACCUCACAAAGCAGGAGAGGGACCUCUACAGUGAAGACUAACCUUCAAGGAGGAAAGUAAGGCACCAGAAAUGGAGAGGUGUCCCAUGUUCAUGAAUUGGUAGGAUUAAUAUUGUGAACAUGAUUUUACCAAAAGCCAUUUAUAGAUCCAAUCCAAUCCCAAUCAAAAUCUCCUUCUUAUUCAUCACAGAAAUAGAAAAAAACCAUCCCAAAAUUCCUAUGGAAUCACAUAAGACUGCAGAUGAACACAAAGAACAAAAGCAAUGCAGGAAGAAUUACCAUUCCAAGUCUCAGGGUACAUUACAGAGUCAUAGUGACUAAAACAGUAUGGUGCAGGCAGAAAAACUGACAUGGUGGGUGUUCAUAUGCAGAAGGACAUCAGAGCCAAGUCUGUCACCUGACACAGAAAUGAGCUCCAAAUGGGAAGAACUCAGUUGUGAGACCAGAGAUACUGAGAGUGCUGGAAGACACCUAGGCAGUGUUUGUAUGAUGCAGGGGGAAAGGACCUUCUGAAGAGGACCCCAUUGGCUCCAGAAUUAGGGCCAUCUUUUGAAAAGUGGGACUUAAUCAAAGUAAAAAGCACGGUGAAAGACAAAAUCAAGGGAAGAUGAAGACCUCAGAGUGGUAGAGAGUCUUUGCCAGACAUAUAACUGACAGAAGAUUAAUAUUCAAAUGCACAAAGAAUUUAGAAAACAAAGUUUUAAAAAAGUGGCUCUGAGUUCUGUACUGAGAGUUCUCAGAAAAAGAAAUAAAAAUGGCUGAGAACUAUCUCAACAGUGCUCCUCAUCCCUUGGUCAUUAGGGAAAUGCAAAUCAAACAACCUUAAGAUUCCACUGUAUCCUAGUCACAGUGGCAGAUAACAAACACACCCAGCAACAUGUUCUAGCUGGGCUGUGGCAGAUGUCCCUUACUUGCUGUUAGUGGGAUUACAGACUGGUCCAGCCACUGAUAAUCACUGUGAAAAAUCGUCAGCAAGCCAAAAUGCAUCUACCAUAUGACCCAGAGAUAAUGUUCCUUAAUAUAUGCUCAGAGAACAUCCUGCCGUGCUCACUGCUGCUCCAGUCACAGUAGCUUAGAGAUACACAACCUAUGCAUCCUGCAGCAGCUGAGUAAUAAAGAUGCGGUACAUGUACUCGAUGGAAGGUUAGCCAGCUGUUAACAAAAGAAAUGUUCACGUGAAUGGAUUCAACUAAGAAAAGGUGAGGUAGCCCAGACCCAGAAUGUUCUAUGUGAGGUCCCCACUUCCACGUGUUCAGAUGUGACUACAAACCUAGAACAUCUGAAGAAACCAGAAAAGUUAGGGAGAGACCAUUGCUGGGGGCUGGGGGUGGGCAAUAGAGAGGAAAACAGCAGGUUACAAAUGAUCUAUCUGAUCAAGGGAUGGGAAAAUUGGGAAAUGAGGGGGGGUGGGAUUUGGGGGAGGGGCAAACAAAUAAGGAAGGAGGGGGAUAAAGCAACAGUAAGGAUGUUUAAAAAGUCAUUUUUUUUUUCCUGAGAGUGGGAGAAAUAGUCUUCCCCUGGGAAGAGCAGGCCAGUUGGUUAUCUAAAGCCCAAUAUCCCUGAAUAUAUAUGUACACGUGUACAAGUAGCAUUCUACAGAUUGAGUAGCUUGUACUUCUUAGGAAUACACACACACACACACACACACACACACACACACACACACACACCUGUGUGUACACAUACAUUUAACAACUGUUAAAGAAAAAGAGAUCAUGAAUUUGGAAGAGAUCAAGGAGAGAUUACAUUUGGAGUUUUGGAGGGGGAAGAUGAUGUCAUUAUUUCAAAAUUUCAAAAACUAAAAAGAACCUUUAAUUUUAAAAAAAUUAAAAAGCAAGAACAAGUUGCAGCUGUUAUCAGAGCAACACUGUCUCUUAGGUGCUCGUAAUCUUGAGUACCCAGUUGUCGCAUGAAGGCCCUGAUGCCAUACAGGGACAUACGGGUGACAAUUGAUUAAUAAGGUUAUAUUGUUGGGAAUAAUGUCAUGUUUUAGAUAUUCUCUUCCUAAUGACUUAAAAUAUACAUUCAUUGUAGGAAGAUUUGAAAACCUAUUAAAAUAACAGUAUUUUUAAAGCCAGAAAUAAAGUAAAAAUUGAUUUUAUAUUUUUCUAUAAAGCAAUUUGACAGUGUUAGUUCUUUAACAGCUGACUCAUUUUCCAGUGGUGCAGUUUAGCUCUAAGUAAUUAGGUUAUCAGCUGGCUCAUGUGAACCCUAUCUCUUACCUGUCCAAAAUAUCAGUGUAAAAAUGGAUCAAAAAAACCUUAAUGUAAACCUAGAACUCUUAAACUAGGAAAAACAUUUAAAGGUACAGGCACAGACAAGGACUUAACUAAAAGACGUCAGUAGCUUAGGUAGCAAUAUCAAGAGUAGGCAGUGGGGCUGCAUAAAAUUACAAGUAAGUGAAGGAGUGAGGAGAACUCUGCCAGCUGUGUGUCUCACAGGUGGCAUCUAGAAUACACAAGGAACGAGGAAGCAGGCAAGGGCAAGGGGAAAAUGUAAAACUACAAUGAGAUUCUAUCUCAAGACAAGAAAAUGGCAAUCAUUUAAGAAAACAGUAAUAAAUUCUUGGAUGGAAAAGGGAAGGAUCUUUUACACAAUAUUACUUUGGAUUGUAUAAUUCUUUCUUUCAAAUCCAAAGUGAGAAAUUGGACUCCCUUGGCCUUUUUGUACUCGGCACAGUGCCCAUUUUGACAGUUCCCCCACCCCUUAGGCCUGCUUCUGUCAUGUGUGAUGUUAUACAUAACUGAUCCUCUAUGCACUACAUGGGCUUUACCGUACUUGGCUGCUCUGCUAAUAUAGAUUGUUGUAUGUGGUGCCAUUCUGCUUCCCCCCAGGCACAUGGACUGUUCCUGGAAGAAGAGCACCUCUCCCUUCUAGCCUCAGCACCAUAGCACAUAAACAGAUGGGUGGAUGGCUGAUAAAAUGGAAUACCCACAAUAUGUGGUUUCUUUCUCAUGACUCAGUCAUAAAAGCAAAGUUCACUUACAAAAAAAAUGCAUUAUUUUACGGUCUUAAAAAUCUAUGAAGAUGUUAGUUAUGUUGUGUCAUUUUGACUGAAAUAUAUUUCACUAAUUAUAUACUUUCAGAUUUUAGAUUUGUGAAUAUCAAUAUUUUCAUCUCUAGGUCACACAGACUUUAUAAACAGAUGGAGCCAGACAGUUUAUGCAUUUCCAUGACAGCUUAGUUCUUUGACCAGGCUCUGAAUUUCUCUUUAUUUGGUCCCCUUUCUUUCUUUCCUCUUUUUUUUUUUUUUUUUUAAGAUUUACUUAUUUAUUAUAUGUAAGUAUGCGGUAACUGUCUUCAGACACACCAGAAGAGGGCAUCAGAUCUCAUUACGGAUGGUUGUGAGCCACCAUGUGGUUGCUGGGAUUUGAACUGAGGGCCUUUGGGAGAGCAGUCAGAGCUCUUAACCACUGAGCCAUGUCUCCAGCCUAUUUGCUUCCCUUUCAAUUGAACCUCUUUACUUGUAGUUGCACUAUACCCUGUUGAUUCUUGCUCAGAAGUGGUCUGCUCAUGUGCCUCCUCUCCCCCCCCCCCCCCCCCCGCCGCCUUAAAUAAGGAUAACAAAGCAAGGAAAUGAUUGUGAUCUGGUCUGAGAUGGUUGGAAUCAUUGCUGUAUAGAAGGUCACACCUGUUAAAUUCCCUACUGCCAUGCUAACUAUCAUGAAGAGGCUUGUUUAAAAACACUUGUUUGAAAGACACUUUCAGUCUGCAAUUUUUUUUCUUCGGCACUAUGCAUUGAGCCCCUAAGCUUGCUGUACACUGAUAACCUGUCCUGCUGCACUAACACGUCAUUAAACACAGCCUGUGUACAAUUUGAUAUUAAGAAACUUAAAGCACCAACACCCUACAUAUAUUUCAAAUGUGAAGUUACUUCUCAUACUAGAUUGUAGCACUUCAUCUUCGAGUAAAAUGAGUGCUCUUACUAUCUAGCUUGCUUAAGAGAGAGAAAGAAAAGCAGAGGCCAAUGAAAACUUCAUCAAGUGCUAUAAAAUCUCCAGAUUUCAUUCAGACUUUGUAAAAUUUUGUAAGUGAUGUAGUUUGCUGCUAUUUUUUGUGUUAUGAGUAAUGUUGCUUAAAAUUAAAACCUAGUACUUUCAGAAUUCAUAAUAGCUUUUAUUUAACCCAUCUAUCUCUAAUGUACAAUUCAUGUAAUAAGCAUGCUAAAUGUAUAGCUGGUAUUGUAGCAUUUCAGUAGAAAAGCAAAAGACAGCCUCUCUGUUUUGGGGCUACUCCUGAGUGAUGUCAACCACUUGAUUGAGAAGAUCUUCCUUGUGCUAGCCAACUCUCAGGGGUUUCCAGGAAUGAGAGGGACUCUAAUCAUAGAUGUGAGUUUUGAUUUAAGACUUCCCUUAUGUUAAAAGAUUAAUAUAUGAUAACUACAGGUGGGAUCAGUCUAACUGAACAAGUAUUCUUGCUCCCACAGAAAGAAGCGACCUCUGUUUGAAUUGAAGUUUGACUGUAAGCACUUGCACUUGGUAGACGUGCUGUUGUUAAGCACAGCAGUGCUUUUGGAUGGCUGUUUUGUGUAUUUUACAUUACUUGGUUGCCAAACUACAUUUGUUGUUCAUAAUUUAAGCUUUGAACUCAUUUGGAAUUUGGCUGCUGCUGCUUCCACUAAGCCCCUGAGGUGUAUUAUUAAGUUAUUCAUUUAAGAUCUUUGUGGGUUUUUUUUAUUGAAAAUAGAUAUAUUUUCCUCUCAUAAUAUCUCCUGGUAUCCGCUUCUUCUACUCUUCCAUCCAGAUUCAUAAUAAGAUAAAACAAAACUAACACAUUGGAAUUGGACAAAAGAGAAGAACCCAAGAGAUGAGAUAACUUAGCUCACCACACACUCAGGACUCCCAUAAAACACUAAACUGGAAGCAAUAAUAUAUAUGAAAAGGACCUGGUGCAAGCCCUGUGUUGUCGCUUUUUCAGUUUAAAUUCUCAACUGGCAAUUGGCCAAAAUUCGCAUCUGAAGCCAUGAGCACCCAAAUGCCAUUUUGUGAUUUGGCUGCUGACAGCCGACGUAGGAAGGAGCCACCGAGAUGAAUGGAGUAACUAGCUCUCCAAAGGAAGACGAGGGAUAAUCUUAAGCUUCCACCACAAGAAGACUGUAGAGGUCCCUCCCGCACCAAGAACCUCCUGCAGAUCUUUUUCAGUGUUCUUGGAGGUGGGCUGAGAGCUCGAUCAGUUUGUGUCAGCCACCUUGUUCUCUAAAGUUACAAAUUAUAAUACUGUGGUAGAAGCAAAUUCAGAUUCCGAUGAUGAAGACAAACUCCAUAUUGUGGAAGAAGAAAGUAUUACAGAUGCAGCUGACUGUGAAGGUGGCAUGCCAGAUGAUGAACUGCCAGCAGACCAGACAGUAUUACCAGGAGGCAGUGACAGGGGGGGCGGUGCCAAGAACUGCUGGCAAGACAACGUGAAAGACAACGAGUGUGACUCAGAUGCAGAAAAUGAGCAAAACCAUGAUCCGAAUGUGGAAGAAUUUCUGCAGCAACAAGACACCGCCGUCAUUUAUCCUGAGGCGCCCGAGGAAGACCAGCGGCAGGGCACACCAGAAGCCAGCAGUCAUGAUGAAAACGGAACACCAGAUGCAUUUUCCCAGUUGCUCACCUGCCCGUAUUGUGAUAGAGGCUACAAGCGCUUUACCUCUUUGAAAGAACACAUUAAGUACCGCCAUGAGAAGAACGAGGACAACUUCAGCUGCUCCCUGUGCAGUUACACCUUUGCAUACAGAACCCAGCUUGAACGUCAUAUGACAUCACAUAAGUCAGGAAGAGAGCAAAGACAUGUGACACAGUCUGGGGGAAACCGCAAGUUCAAGUGCACUGAAUGCGGGAAGGCCUUCAAGUACAAACACCACCUGAAAGAGCACUUACGGAUUCACAGUGGAGAGAAGCCAUACGAAUGCCCGAACUGCAAGAAACGGUUUUCCCAUUCUGGCUCCUAUAGCUCACAUAUAAGCAGUAAGAAGUGUAUUAGCUUGAUGCCUGUGAAUGGCAGGCCUAGAUCAGGACUCAAGACAUCUCAGUGUUCCUCGCCAUCUCUUUCGACAUCACCAGGCAGUCCCACACGCCCACAGAUACGACAGAAGAUAGAGAAUAAACCCCUUCAAGAACCGCUUUCUGUAAACCAAAUCAAAACUGAACCUGUGGAUUAUGAGUUCAAACCCAUAGUGGUUGCUUCAGGAAUCAACUGUUCAACCCCUUUACAAAAUGGGGUUUUUAGCAGUGGUGGCCAAUUGCAGGCAACCAGUUCUCCUCAGGGUGUGGUGCAAGCCGUUGUUCUGCCAACAGUUGGUUUGGUAUCUCCCAUAAGUAUCAACUUAAGUGACAUUCAGAAUGUACUUAAAGUGGCUGUAGAUGGUAACGUAAUACGACAAGUCUUGGAGACUAAUCAAGCCAGUCUUGCAUCCAAAGAGCAAGAAGCAGUGAGUGCUUCGCCCAUCCAGCAGGGUGGCCAUUCUGUCAUUUCUGCCAUCAGUCUUCCUUUAGUUGAUCAGGAUGGAACAACCAAAAUCAUCAUCAACUACAGUCUUGAGCAGCCCAGUCAACUUCAGGUUGUUCCCCAGAAUUUAAAGAAAGAAAUCCCAGCCCCUACAAACAGCUGCAAAAGUGAGAAGUUACCAGAAGACCUUACUGUCAAAUCAGAAACGGACAAAAGCUUUGAGGGGGCCAGGGAUGAUAGCACUUGCCUUCUGUGUGAGGACUGCCCAGGGGACCUCAAUGCACUUCCAGAACUAAAGCACUAUGACCCAGAGUGCCCUGCUCAGCCUCCACCCCCUGCCCCAGCCACCGAGAAGCCAGAGUCCUCUGCUUCAUCAGCUGGAAACGGAGAUUUGUCUCCCAGUCAGCCACCUUUAAAGAACCUUCUGUCACUCUUGAAAGCCUACUAUGCUCUGAACGCGCAGCCAAGCACAGAAGAGCUCUCAAAGAUCGCCGAUUCUGUGAACCUACCGCUGGAUGGAGUUAAAAAGUGGUUUGAAAAGAUGCAAGCUGGACAGAUUCCAGGACAGUCUCCUGACCCCCCUUCUCCUGGAACCGGGUCAGUAAACAUACCUACAAAAACCGAUGAGCAGCCUCAACCUGCGGAUGGAAAUGAGCCCCAGGAAGACAGCACACGCGGACAGAGUCCUGUCAAGAUAAGGAGCUCUCCGGUUUUACCUGUAGGAUCAGCCAUGAACGGUUCCAGAAGCUGCACAUCAUCCCCAUCCCCUCUAAACCUUUGCUCAGCCAGGAACCCGCAGGGUUACUCUUGUGUGGCAGAGGGUGCCCAGGAGGAGCCCCAAGUAGAACCUCUUGAUCUCUCACUACCAAAGCAACAGGGAGAGUUACUGGAAAGGUCGACAGUCAGUAGCGUUUACCAGAACAGUGUUUAUUCUGUCCAGGAAGAACCCUUGAACUUGUCUUGUGCAAAAAAGGAACCACAAAAGGACAGCUGUGUUACAGACUCAGAACCAGUUGUAAAUGUAGUCCCACCAAGUGCCAACCCCAUAAACAUUGCUAUUCCUACAGUCACUGCCCAGUUACCCACAAUCGUGGCCAUUGCUGACCAGAACAGUGUUCCAUGUUUAAGAGCACUGGCCGCCAACAAGCAGACUAUUCUGAUUCCCCAAGUGGCAUAUACAUAUUCAGCUACUGUGAGCCCUGCCGUGCAGGAGCCGCCAGUGAAGGUGAUCCAGCCAAACGGAAACCAGGAUGAAAGACAAGACACUAGCUCAGAAGGAGUCUCCACUGUGGAGGACCAGAAUGACUCUGACUCCACGCCACCCAAAAAGAAAACUCGGAAGACAGAGAAUGGAAUGUAUGCAUGUGACCUGUGUGACAAGAUAUUUCAGAAGAGCAGCUCACUGUUGAGACACAAAUAUGAGCACACAGGUAAGAGGCCUCACGAGUGUGGAAUCUGUAGAAAGGCAUUUAAACACAAGCAUCAUUUGAUUGAGCACAUGCGGCUGCACUCUGGGGAAAAGCCCUAUCAAUGUGACAAGUGUGGCAAGCGCUUCUCACACUCCGGCUCCUACUCUCAACACAUGAAUCACCGCUACUCCUACUGCAAGAGAGGAGCUGAAGACAGAGAUGCUAUGGAGCAGGAAGACGCUGGGCCCGAAGUCCUGCCGGAAGUCCUGGCGACUGAGCAUGUUGGUGCCCGGGCGUCUCCCUCACAGGCUGACUCGGACGAGAGAGAAAGUCUGACAAGGGAAGAAGAUGAAGACAGUGAAAAGGAGGAGGAGGAGGAAGAUAAAGAGAUGGAAGAAUUACAGGAAGGAAAGGAAUGUGAGAACCCACAGGGGGAGGAGGAGGAGGAGGAGGAGGAGGAAGAGGAGGAAGAAGAGGAGGAAGAGGAGGAAGUGGAAGCGGAUGAAGCCGAGCAUGAGGCAGCAGCCAAGACUGAUGGUACAGUGGAGGUUGGAGCUGCACAGCAGGCAGGCAGCUUAGAGCAGAAGGCCAGCGAGAGCGAGAUGGAGAGCGAAAGCGAGAGUGAGCAGCUGUCUGAAGAGAAGACAAAUGAAGCUUAGGAGUUCUUCUAAAAGGAAAUUCUACUUGGUAAUGAAAUUUGCUCUAUAUUACCCACGCUUUUCAUGGAAACAUGGCUCCAUGGCUCCUGUGCUAUGGUUCCUGCUCACUACUGUGUAAUGUCAGAACUGAAAAAAAAAAAAUUCCGGGUGUGCCUGAACCUCAAACCUAGUAAUUUUUCAUGCAGUUUUCAAAGUUAGGAACAAAUUUAUAACAUGAAGCAGCUUAGAAAACAUUAAUGACUCAGAAAACAAAGGUUUCUCAGCAGGUUACAGGAGGCUGGAUGGGCGUCCGGCAUGGCUAGCAGUAUUAUCACUCUUACGUUGGCUCAUUCUUAAGCUCUACAAUGGGAGAAAUUUUAUAAUUUUUUUAUUGGUAAACAUAUGCUAAAUCCGCUUCAGUAUUUUAUUAUGUUUUUUAAAAUGUGAGAACUUCUGCACUACAGAAUUCCCUUCACAGAGCAGUAGAAAGCAGUUCAAACCGUGCUGGCUACCUGCUGCUACCCAGUCAGUCAGGAGAUAGGACCUCUGACGUUAGAUGCCGUGUUGCCAUCUAACAUGUAUUGCUAGCCUUAAGGAAGCAGCCAGAGAAGAGCUGGAGUUUCUUACUCGUGUGAUUUUUAAAUGGAGUUCAAAGGUUGUCGUUGAGUCCUGACUCCAGGGACGACCAGUGUUGAUGUGGCAAGGCCGGCAGAGGCGGCAGAAUCAGUGUUCGUGAUUGUUUGCGUACGUUAGCAACCAUGAAGGAUCUAUAGGAAGCAAGCGCUGUGUCCCUUUGGCCUUAAGCAAGACCUGUGCUCUAAGUGCCAUUCUCAGUAUUGCAAGGCUCUGACAGCCUUCCCGCAGUGUGGCCUAUAUUAACUAGCAGUUGUUGAUUCGUUUGUUGUGUCAAAAUUCCCAAACAAAACUCAAAACCACUGACUGUGAGAGAAGCUGAAGCACUGGGGCAUCUCACACUUUUGUUCCUCAGUAGUCAUUUCAUGUUGAUUGACUCUCAGAAGUCUCUACAGAAAUAAAAGGGAAAUUCUCCAAACUACUUAAUCCAUGUACUUGCGUGUCAGGCAUGGAUACGCUAUUGGUUUUUGGUUCACAGCCGUUUUCCAAAUGUUAGUUAUUACGGACCCAGGUGAUGAACAACAGCAGCUGAUUUUUACCUACCAGUAUUAUUUUAUUUCUUUUAGUUUAUAGAUCUGUGCAACAUUUUUGUACUGUAUGUCUUUAAGCCUGGCAGUAUUAAUACCCUUCUUACUGACACGUACUUUUAGUUUUAGAAAACUUUUAUAUUUAUGUGUCUUAUUUUUAUAUUUCUUUAUUUAUUACACAGUGUAGUGUAUAAUACUGUAGUUUGUAUUAAUACAAUAAUAUAUUUUAGUAUGAAAUUUUGGAAAGUUGCUAAGAUUUACAGUAGAGAUGCAGUUGGUUCCCGUGCGUUGAGAUUUGAUUUAACAGUGUUCUGUUAACAUUUAUACUUGCCUCCGACUGUAGACCAGCCUUUAAAUGGGAAGGUAUUAGUUUUACAACUACAAUCAAGUCAUUCUCCCUUUCCCCAGUUUUUAAUAGGAAACUCUUACACUUUGACACUCACUGUGUGCGACUCAUAGCAUGCCGCUCUGCAGUCUUCUGUUAAGAGUUGGCCCAGCCAUAACUCAUUCCCUUAGCAAGCCAAAUUAGAAUUGCCUUCUGUAAACAGUGUUGGGAACAAUGUUUAACAUGUGCCAAUUUGUUCCUGUAUCCAUGUAUGUAAGCUACCAAUCUGACUCUUCCUUUUAAGUUCCUUGUUACACCAUGGUCAUUUUCUAGUUUUUUACCAGACUCCCCAGCUCACAAUAAACGCAUCAACAAACCUGA